AUAAGAGAGCGAGGGGAGACAGAGCGAUGCUAUUGGUGGACCGUUAUAACAUCAAGCGUGAUAGAAAUAUUUCUCUCGCAGUCUAAGAAAUAGAGGAAGAGACAGACAGAGACAGCAGACUCAGGAAACACAUUCAGGUUUUCAAAAGAGACUAAAAAAGAAAGAAAGAAAGGGGUAGACAAUAGAAAGGUGGACUAAAUUAACUUAUGACUUCUGAGGGCUGUGGAGAUUUUUGCUUAACAACUGGAGUGAUUUCAAAAUCAGACUAACUCAACAUGUAGAUGUUCUGCAGGUUUCUGGUUAAAAUUCGUACUCCUUUACCUCCUCCUCCUCCUCCUCCUACCCCUUAUUAAGAAGUAAAUAAUUAUCCUGCACAGACAAAUCCUAAAUGUGUGUUUUUUUUUUUGUUAGUUUUUUGGGAGAAAUUUGAGGGAUGCGUCUGAGGGAAAGAUGCAGAGCAGAGAAGUCUGACAUGGUGCCGACCCAAAUUGACAGAGACGAGGACAGAGUGGACUGUUCAGUGGCAGACACGUCUCCAACCAGACACAGGUAUUCUCUUCUCGAUAUUAAGAUCAGUCAAGAUAUCGAUCCGUGCUAAGUGUUGUAACUCAUCUCUGUAAAGAUAAAGUAGUUGUUUCCUUGUUUUCCGGAUGCUUUUAUUGCAAAACAGUGGCAACCAGUAAUUUGCUUUGUCAGAGGAUGAAUAAUGUCUAACAUGCAAAGCAAUAUCUUGUAUCUUCAGCACGUGAUCGGAUUUAUGUGUAGGUAAAUCAUUUGUCAGAUAUUUAGUAGUAUAAUAAGUGAACUACUCUCUGUAAAUAAUCUCACAGCUCACAGCUAAUCUGCAAACUGUGGCUGUUUACUAAGUGUUACAUGUGAUUGAGAAACAUGCGUCAUUAAUGGUGUUCUUGAUUUAGAGCAACAGAUGAACUGAAAGCCAUACGACAAACUGCUGAACUAUCACAAGCCAUAACCAUCCUAGACAAUAACAAUAAUAAUAAUAAUAAUAACACCCCUCUGUGCUGUGCUUGGUAUCGACAAGAAUCCUGUGCUUCUGUUGUCAGCGUGUCAGUCAGACACUUUGUGGUUUGUGUUACUGUGAGGGGAGGAGGAAAAAAAAUGUGUAGGCUUUAUCUAAAGAGAAACUACAUGGAGGAGGAGGAGGAGACAGACAUUUUGCCUGUCAGAGACUGAAAAGAGGAGCAUCGGGCCAACUACAGACAACUGUGGCUGUGAACAGACGUUUAAGUGCUUCCCUAAAUCAAAGCCAGAAAAAGGGGGUCAUCCUGCUGUGAGACACACAAGAAGAGACAAAGACAGAGCAUGAGGGGAAGCAGUGAAGGCGCUGCUCAAGCUGAUUAUUGAUUGUUGCUAAAAACUGAGUGCUUUACCUACCUGGACGACACACAGACUCAGCUCGCGUCAGAGGGGGAUAGAGACAAUAACCUCCAAAUAAAGGAGGGAGACCGGGCAGUGGCCAAUAGAGAGGCAGAGCAAGGGGGAAGUUCCCUUUCUCUCUCUCGACCCAUCCUGUCGUCAGGCUGGCUGGCACAGCCAUGGCGUUCACCUUUGCGGCCUUCUGCUACAUGCUCACCUUGGUGCUGUGCGCUGCUCUCAUCUUCUUUGUCAUAUGGCAGAUCAUUGCAUUUGAUGAGCUUCGCACAGACUUCAAAAAUCCCAUUGAUCAGAGCAAUCCCACCAGAGCGAGGGAAAGGAUCUUGAACAUCGAAAGAAUCUGCAACCUGCUUCGCAGAUUGGUGGUGCCGGAGUACUCCAUCCACGGGCUCUUCUGCCUGAUGUUCAUGUGUGCCGGAGAGUGGGUCACACUUGGCCUAAAUAUCCCGCUCCUCUUCUACCAUCUGUGGAGGUUUUUUCAUCGGCCAGCCGACGGGUCAGAGGUCAUGUACGAUCCCGUCAGUGUGAUGAACGCCGACAUUCUCAAUUAUUGCCAGAAGGAGUCCUGGUGUAAGCUGGGUUUUUAUCUGCUCUCGUUCUUCUAUUAUCUCUACAGUAUGGUCUAUGCCUUGGUGAGCUUCUAACAGGCAGGAGAUCUGGAGGAAUAAAAGACACAGAGUAACAAAUGGAGACAUCAACACUAUCCUUCCCAUCACUGGCUUGGGUUUUCAACCGUCGAACUUUGGACAAAACAAGACCAAUCUGAGUGAUAAUGUGAAUGUAAAGGUGUUAUACAUGGUAUCACUUUAUCCCAGAUACUGCUGUCGGACGGCUGGACACAUAUUUGAAAGACUGAAAUCAAACAGAGGACGCAGCAGGUGUUUGUGUUGCCUUUGACCCGUUAUGAGAAAUAACAAUAUAUUUCUGAAGGGCUUGGAGUUUUCCCCAUGCUGCUCUUACUGAUCCAGUCGCUCAACUCACUGUGAAUCUCCAAACACUUUAGGGGCUGGACAACAAAAAUAAUACGUCUGUAUUCUUUGACUUUGAAAAUGUACUAAAAGCUGGAUUGUUCUGGCAUCAUUCCAUUUAUUUAAGAUGACCUCUAAUAUCAAACCACUGCUUUGAUUGUGUUACAGGUACAUGAAACUAUAAGAAACUUUAAAGCAAUGUCAGAAAGGCAGAAGGCCCAUCAGGCAUGGAGAUAAAGCAUAGACCAACUCGACAUCUCCUUGACGCCAGCCUCUGCCAAAAGUCAAAUUUAACCAACAAAAAACGAAGGAAUUACUCAUAAGUUUGACGUCAAAGGGUCAACGCUUGUAAUGUGCAUUCAAAAAUAAGUAUGUCCAUAGCUGUAAGGACGUAUUUUUUACGCUACAUGCUAGGUUCAUGCUUUCCAAAGAGCGCCAUGCUCGGACAUAACGCCAAAAGUUUAUAUCUGAAAAACAUUGUGCCAAGUUAAGAAUUAGAACAAGUGAAAAGAACAAAGAUUAGGCUAGAAAGUGCUUGCGGUAUCUUCAUCUACAUGCUAAGGCUUUGUAAAGGCCUUGCCUUUAUUUUCACUUUCUUUAAUACACAUUUUAAUUUUGGCACAAUGUUUUUUUGGGUUUUUUUUUUUCUUGAAACAAAAACAAAAACAAAAAAAAACAACUUAGUUUUGUUGUAUUUUUUAGUGUGCGGGGAACGCCUUAUUCCUAUUUCCAGUGACGUUUACUCAUCUGCAUCUAUACUAUCGUCCUUUUAGCACAGCAACUUUUCUCUGAUCCGAGGUAGAACGUAGAAAUCUCAUGUACUAUAAGCAAUUAAAAACAAGCAAACUAGCAAUGUAAUAUGAUUCAUGAGACAUAUCGAUGCCGUGUUAUUCAGUGUUUGUAAUAACAGUGAGUGGGACACAAGUGGCAGAUGAGACGAUGAUGACUCUGUGACGUUUCCGUUAUUUCAAAAGUGUAAAGAAGUCACCUCAACACAAUCACACAGCUUCAGAAGGGACCUUAAUGUUGCCGAUGACCAAGAUUUGUAAACAGCAAAGCCUUUCUUCAGCUGGUGCUGCCUUUGCCAUCAUGUGUUCAUUAGUUUGAUCUAUUUGUAGAUAAGUGAUGGUUUCAAUGUGACAUUUUAACAUCAGUAGAAAAACUCCUGGAGCCCGAGAACAAACUGUGGUGUUUGUCAUACGCCGGCUCCAUGUGUAGUAAAUGGUGGUGGUGACACGUCUGGUAUGUAAACUGUGGGACAGUCUUGAAGACUACAGCCUAUUGAAGGGUUUACAAUUAAAUUUCACAUCUGUGUAUGUAUGAUGGCACAAUUACACCAAUUUCAACAUUUAAAUUGGAAGCAUAUAGCUAUCGAUGAGUUAAAUAGCAAUACCACAGGAUAAGGCUGGCAUAGUUCUAUAUUUUAGUUACUGUCAAGAAAUCCUGACUGAAAACGACAGAUUGUUAGUGUUUAUAUCUAUAUUUUUAGACUUCCCUAUCCUGUCUGUGGCCUGUUUGAUGUAAAUCUUUAAAAAGGCUAAGAGUACUCAUCCCUUCAUCCCUCGACCCUCGACCCUCAUACCUUGACGCUCAUCAAUCGACCCUCAUACUUCAACACUCAACCCUUCAUACCUCGACUCCCUCAUCCCUGCAUCCCUCUUCUCUUGAAUCUUAUUCCUCAACCCUCAUACCUUCAUCCCUUAAACCUCAUACCUCGACACUCAUCCUUCCUCUCUCAACCCUCAUCCCUCGACCCUAAUCCCUUCUACCCUUAAAGCUCAUACCCCGACCCUCGUCCCUCGUCCGUCAGUCCUCUUCCUUUGACCCUCAUCCUUUCAUCCCUUGACUCUCAUACCUCAACUGUUAUUCCUCUACCCUAAUCCCUUGAAGCUCAUACCUCAAUCCUCAUCCCUUGACCCUCAUACCUUCAUCCUUUGACCCUCAUCCCUUGAACUUCAACCCUCAUACCUCGACCCUCAAACCUUGACCAUCUAUUCCCUGACCCUCAUCCCUUCCUCCCUCAUCCCUCGACCCUCCUAAACGGAGCAAAAAGUGCAUUUUCACCUCUUUUCAACAAGCUCAUUAAUGUGU